AUGCCAGCUGCAACAACAACAACAGAAACAGAAACAGCUAAUACAAUUAAAGAGUCAUAUACCGAUGUGUUGAUUAUUGGUGCAGGCCCUUCAGGUUACAUGUGUGCUCUUUGGCUUGCGAGAUGUGGCAUUCCUUUUAGAAUCAUUGAUAAGAGAAGUAAUGAGAUAUUUACAGGCCAGGCCGAUGGUAUACAAAGUAGAUCAUUCGAAAUCUUUAAAUCAUUUAGCGAGGACUGCUUCGAUUGGGUCACAAUGGACCAAGCUUGGAAAUGUGCUAAUCAAAUGGAGGAAAUGUCGUUUUGGUCGCCAAAUGAAGAUGGCGAAUUAGCUAGAACUUCAAGAGUUCCCGAUUCGAUUCCAGGUAUCAGUAGAUAUCAUGAGUCAGUGAUCCACCAGGGCAAAAUUGAAGCAUGGUUUGAUGAAUCAAUUAAACAGUUUACUGGAGGAAAGACAAGAGUUGAACGCCCUUUAUUGCCAGUUUCCAUCAAGAUCAAUGCAGAUGCCAAUGACCAACAGGAGCAUGCUUGUGAAGUAUUGGUUCGCAAAUUGCAUACUAGUCAAGCUAAGCCAGAGCAAUAUGGAGGACAAGUUGCUAAUGGAUUGUACCGACAAUUUGAUGGCGACCAAGAAUCUUUUUACAGUGCAAAUAUAGCAGAUGCCGACAAAAAAGAUUACGAAUUGAUUCACGCCAAGUAUGUAUUAGGUUCUGAUGGCGCACACUCAUGGGUCAGAAAACAAUUGGAUAUUGAUAUGGAAGGUGAGCAGACUGAUUUUGUUUGGGGUGUACUCGAUAUGGUUCCCAUCACCGAUUUUCCUGAUAUUAGAUCACGAUGUGCUAUACACUCCAAAAAUUCAGGUUCGGUGAUGGUUAUUCCAAGAGAAAACGAUAUGGUUAGACUUUACAUUCAAUUAAAGGAAGUUCCUAGAGACGAAAGGACCAUUGGUUCGCAAAGAGAGUUUAUGGCUAAUUGUGAUGAUCCCAAAGUCAAGACCAAAGGUAGAAUUGAUAGGUCCAAAAUCACACCAGAAUCCAUCCUCAAGCAAGCACAAGAAAGCAUUAAACCAUUCAAAUUGGAAAUGACCAAUUUGACAUGGUAUACGGCAUACCAGAUUGGCCAGAGAGUCUCUCCCCAAUUCCACAAGAAUUUAAGAGUUUUCAUUUCUGGUGAUGCAUGUCACACUCACUCGCCAAAGGCAGGCCAAGGCAUGAAUGUUUCAAUGCAAGAUACAUACAACUUGGGUUUCAAAUUGGCAUUGGUGUGUAAAGGCUUGGCCAAGCAGGAGAUUUUGGAUACCUAUGAGUCAGAGAGAAUCAAAGUAGCUCGUGACUUAAUUGCAUUUGACCAGAAGUUCUCCAAAUUGUUUAGUGGCAAACCAAUGAUCCCUAAUCAAAAGUUAUUGGAAGGUGAGGAAAAGGGAGCCGAUAUGGAUGAAUUCCAUCAAGUUUUUUUGCAAGGUGGCAAGUUUGCCAGUGGUACUAUUUCAGAUUAUGAGGAUUCCGUCUUGAUUAACAAAGCUGGUGGUGUUGUGCGAGCAGAAGGACAAGAGAGCGAAGGAUUGUUUAGCCCACUUGCAUCUAAAGUGCCCAUUGGAAGAAGACUACUCAGCGUGCAAGCCUUGGGCCAGGUUGACCACAAGCCAUGGCACAUUGCUGAUCGUAUGCCAUCUGAUGGUCGAUUUAGAGUGCUCAUUUUUGCCGGUGAUGUUAAGCACUUUCCAGAGAAUAUGCAAAAGUUACAAAGCUUCAACGAGAUUCUUAUGGCUCCUGGGUCAUUCCUUAAUAGGUAUACACCAAGAAACGCAUUUUUCAAUUCCGUAAUUGAAGCCAUUGUCAUCCAUGCUUCGUUUAGAAACGAUGUUGAGUUUUAUGAUUUUCCAGAGUUUGCAAGGCGUAGAGAUUUUAAAGGUCGUACAGAUUAUUGGUCGCUCUUGACAGGCGUUGGUAAGAUCCACCAUACUCAAGAGAAGGUUGAUAUGUAUGAUGCUUAUGGUAUUGAUAAAAGAAUGGGCGCAAUCUUGGUCAUCAGACCCGAUGGACACGUUGCUGAAGUGAACGAGUUUUCGGAAACAGGGUUGAAUCAAGUUUGUAAUUACUUUUCUCGUUUCAUGAUUGACCAAAGAAAUGUUAAAGUUCCUGAAAAAGACGCCACUGCAUUUGAUUCUGAUAGGUUUGUGAAGCCGAGAUUGGCAGUUUAA